AUGAAAAAAGACGCUGAGAACGAAAACCUGCUACACGCCUACGAACACGAUGAACAGAGCUCAAAAUAUUUCAUUAAACCCGACUCGAGAUUCCCAAUAGACGAUGAUUUGGAAGCGGCGAAAAGUGAUGGGAAACAGAAAGCAGUUAGCAAGUGGCCAACGAUUGUGGCGACGGUGAUGGUGGGUUUCGGCUGGUUAUCCAAUGAAGUCGCCCUUGCCUGGGUCCACGAAAGGGUACCUGAUGACUACCACCCUUUACCCGACCUAUUCUUCUCCCAUUUUCCGGAGAUCCGCGGAGCCAUUCGGAUAGCUGAAUAUAUCAUGAUUAUCUUACUGGUUAGCGCUCUUCUAGUCAUGUUUACUCAUCAACAUCGAUGGAUUGUUAUUCGCCGGACAUUCUUCUGUAUUGCAAUGGCCUAUAGCUUCCGGGCACUUUGUGUCACUAUUUUCCAGGUGCCCGUCCCCUCAGUCAACACCUACUGUGCCCCCAAAUCCAAUUCAUCCUUCGAAUUAGUCGCCGGACGAGUCGUCAAAAUGUUCUGGAGUGCUGGCAUCGAACAGUUACGGCCGAGAGAGUUGUGUGGUGAUUUGAUAGUCUCAGGACAUACUCUGACUAUUUUCACCUCGUUUUUGGUGUUCAAAACUUAUGCGCCGCAGAGAAUUCAGCCCCUCUCGCACAUCUACCAUAUCCUCGCGUUCACUGCUCUCUUCUCGAUUCUUCUAGCCAGAAAACACUAUAUGAUUGAUAUAGUGUUGGGAUAUACAGUAUCCACUAGAAUAUUCAUGGAAUAUCACGCCCUGGCGGCUUCUUAUCAUAACGGAACAUUCGAGACGAAUCCAUUGUCUUGGUCGUGGUGGUCAUUCCUGAUCCCGUAUUUCGAAUCCGAUGCCCCAUCGAACUUCCACAAUCAUUUACUCCUUUACAACCGGUCAACGACAAGAGUUGGUGCUAAAAACGUGUCGAUUAAGAAGCGAUCUUUUGAAUGA